GCGAGUUCGUAGGUCAUCGAGGAGUUCUUUCUAGCGCUUCGCCGUCUUCUUGCUGAGGGCUUCUGUGAUCCAGUUCGCCUAUUUCGAUCUGAACGCGGUUUUCAUGGCGGUAAUCCAACAACACUUCAACAAAUCCAGAACCUCUUACUUUCUAGUGAUCUGUGCUUCGUCUAUCUACAUUUGAUAAGCGAGAAUAAUUUCACAGGGAUUUUCAGUUUCUCAAAACCUAGGUCCCAGGUUUCCGGGCAUUGACCGAUUCCUUCCGAUGCCGUGCAUGGGGCCUAGCACUGAAGUGGAUAGCGACUCUGAACCGUUUGUAGAGGUAGACCCCACCGGCCGCUACGGCCGCUACAGCGACCUCCUUGGUGCCGGAGCUGUUAAACGAGUCUACCGAGCCUUCGACCAGGAGGAUGGCAUCGAGGUGGCCUGGAACCAGGUCAGGCUCCGCGGUCUCCGUGGCAAUGAGGAGAUGCUCGACCGACUCUUCUCUGAGAUCCGCCUUCUCCGGUCUCUCCGCCACAGCAACAUCAUCACUCUCUACAAAGUCUGGUCCUCGGAUGACCAUGGCGGCACCAUUAAUUUUAUCACCGAAGUCUGCACUUCCGGCAACCUCAGGGAGUAUCGGAUGAAACACCGUCAUGUGUCAUUGAAGGCGCUCAAGAAGUGGUCCCUCCAGAUUCUCUUGGGUUUGGAGUACCUGCACAACCAUGAACCCUGCAUUAUCCACCGGGAUCUCAAUUGCAGCAACGUUUUCGUCAACGGCAACCUUGGCCAGGUGAAGAUCGGAGACCUGGGUAUGGCGGCCAUAGUGGAAAGAGACCAUGUGGCACACUCGUUACUAGGCACCCCAGAGUUCAUGGCUCCAGAGCUAUACGAAGAAGAGUACACUGAACAAGUCGACAUCUACGCUUUCGGUCUGUGUGUGCUGGAACUAGUCACCCUGGAACUCCCAUACAGCGAAUGUGAUUCCGUUGCCAAGAUCUACCGCAAAGUCUCUGCUGGCAUUCGCCCAGCAGCACUGGGCAAAGUCCGUGAUUCGGAGGUGAAAGCCUUCAUCGAACGCUGCCUCGGCAAACCCCGUGCUCGGCCAUCCGCCACCGAACUCCUGAAAGACCCCUUCUUCUUCGGCCUUGAUGAUGUCCCACCCGAACUAUCACCUCCACCGACUCCAGAUUCUGCAAAUCCUGAAAGCCUAUCGCUCUCGUGCUCGGAGGAGUCUUCUCCUGACAUCGCUUCUCUCAGCUUGCAGUGAGUGAACACUCGGUUGACAGACCAUGCUGAAUCCGCAUAAUUGUUUGGAACUGACAUAAUGCGUGCUGUGUGGUGUGUGGGUGUUUGUUUGUUU